CCAUUUUCGAUCGCACCCUAACAACCUUGAACCACGGAAGUGCAAAUGAGAAUACACCUCGUAUCGGCACAUCCAACUCACCGUGCAACGCUACACCCGUACAAUCUGGUAGCAUUCAGCUCUUGCCAGGCCCUGUACCGCCGACGGGCCAUCACCAGCUCGGCGGAAAGUCACCACAGAAGCCCUGCUCGGGCGAUACAAAUGGUAGCCAGACCAAAACAGAUGCCAUGCUACAACAAAGUUCCAACCUGUGAGACCAUUCUCUCGCUCCUUGCCAGCACAGGGCUCAAAUCCGCCGACCUUGAGCAAUUGCCCGAUUGAUGGCCUCGUUAUCGCACGAUAAGUGCCCGAUUGGGGCGGCGCCGCGCGGGCGGAUGAGGGUUCGGCAACCCCGAUUGUCAGGCAUCCUCAUAUGCGGAUGACCUGUCUCCAGAUCGUGUGCAACGUUGCGCUCUGCCGGUCUGUAUCUCGGUCGCACGGGGUCUUUGCUGUA